CAAGCAGUGUUUGAAAGCUAAAGAUUAAUUUAUUAAAACAGAUAUUCUAAUCAUUUAGACUAUUCUGACCUAUAGACUUUGCACACAGAGUUCUCCCAACAGAAAAGAAAGCAUGAAGACCUGGACCCGCACCCAGCGCAAUUGGGACUAUAUGGACUUGCGCAGCAUGAUUCCAGACCAGGUCUCCAGGUGGACCGUGGUCAGAAACUUGAGGGAAAGGGGUUUUUUUGUGUCUGGUGCGCCCUCCGACCAGGAUAUUGAGGAGGCAGCGGCCAUUCAAGAGGAUGCAACCAGGGCAACUGUUUCUACUACCACUCCUCCUAACCCUCCCACUCCUACUACGGAAGCAGUGCCUGCAGUGGGCAAAAGCACUGGGGCAUCAGAGUCAUCAGAAUCAGAUGGGGUUGACUCUGGGGAUUCAACAUGGCAAAACCCAUCUGGUCCAGAGCCUUAUGGAGUACAGGUCAACAUGCAAAAAUUGGGACUCUACGACAAGUUUCCAGCUGAGACCAGAGUACGCCAACAAUUCAAAGCCCAUUUGUCAACUGAGCUGGAUAUCCCAAACUGCCAGCAAGAAGUUGAUAACGUGUCUCGGAUGUUGAGAUACAUACAGCUGACCGGGAAUGACGUUGACAUGGGCUUCCUCCUGAAAAGCACAGAAACCAGAGACUUCAUUCAGGCUCUACGGAAUGCCAAUCUUAAGCCUGCCACUAUUUUGAACUAUAUUAAAAAUAUGAUACGCUUCGUGUCAUUCCUAAGCAUCAGGGAACUCGGGGACAAGAAGUUCAAAAGUGACUGUUCAGGGUACAUCCAGUUCUUGAAUGUCAUCCGGAAGCCAGUGGCAAAGUCCCACAGCAAGACUGUGUGUUCAACAAGGUACCAUUGUUACAUUCAAGGUCAAAAGACACUUGGUGACUGUCGGGCCAUUCUGCGUGUAUGCAAGAAGGACAUGCUUGGUCUGUUUGCUAGGUACCAGCAAAAAGACUAUGUAGCAACAGACGAAAACACGUUGUUCCGCUACUACUGCGAGGCCAUCUUUGUCUUUGGACACUUUCAGAGGCCAGGUGCCGUUGAGGGGUUAACUGUCAUUGAAUGGCUGGACAAAAAACAUGUAAACGGCAGAGUAUGUUUUGGCAUCAGUGAGCACAAAACGUCUGCCACUCAAGUAGUUACAGUUGCAAUGAACAUGGAGGAUGCGGCUAUGCUGGAUGCCUAUUUUGAGUAUGUGCGCCCGACUUGCCUAAAGGAAGAUGUGGAUGACAAGGGGAAAUUGUUCCUCAAUUCAACCGGACGACCAAUUUCCAGUGUCUCCAAUGACCCGCUUUCAUGCCCACUACAAGCUGCCAAUCGUCACCAGCCAGGAGAUCAGGCGAGUGUUGGAAACCUCAGUUUCCACAAUGCUAAGUGAGGAACAGAAGACCCAGGUAGUGCGCUAUAUGGCACAUUCCAACCAAGUGGCAAAUGAGCAUUACCG